ACAUCACAGACACAGGAGCACAGCACUUGGCUGACGCCAUUACAAGCAACAACUGUCAGCUACACACGUUAAACCUCUCACACAAUAACAUCACAGACACAGGAGCACAGCACUUGGCUGACACCAUUACAAGCAACAACUGUCAGCUACGCACGUUAGACCUCAGAGACAAUUACAUGACAGAUACAGGAGCACAGCACUUGGCUGAUGCCAUUACAAGCAACAACUGUCAGCUACGCACGUUAGACCUCACAGACAAUAACAUCACAGACACAGGAGCACAGCACUUGGCUGAUGCCAUUACAAACAACAACUGUCAGCUACACACGUUAAACCUCUCACACAUUAACAUCACAGACACAGGAGCACAGCACUUGGCUGACGCCGUUACAAACAACAACUGUCAGCUACGCUCGUUACACCUCUCAGAAAACAACAUCACAGACACAGGAGCACAGCACUUGGCUGACGCCAUUACAAACAACAGCUGUCAGCUACAUACGUUACGCCUCUCAGACAAUUACAUCACAGACACAGGAGCACAACACUUGGCUGACGCCAUUACAAACAACAACUGUCAGCUACGCACGUUAAACCUCUGGCGCAAUAACAUCACAGAAGCAGGUAAACAACAUGCAUUAAAUUUAGUGAGCAAUGGUCAGUCUAAAUGUAAGCUAGAAUUCUAAUCUUCAGCAAUUCCAAUUGUAAACUGUAAAAAAAUUAUCUCAGCCACUUACUAUUCAAAUAACUGUGAGGUAACCAGCUCAGUGACAAAUUACAGCUCAACAACUCAAAACAGAAAUGAAAGCAAACUUCGUAAAUUGUAAAGUGCUGACUGCAGCGGAAUUAUUUGAACCGGAUCGAAAUGAAGAAAAAUGAACCAAUGAUCAUGUUCCUUGAAUGAAAAGGAUGUCAAUCUUUUUUUCUUUUAUAAAUGAACCAAUAACAUUGAAGUAAAAACACCAAGCUUACUGCAGAAAGAACAAACAAACCUCGGACCUCUCAGGAGACCAGGUUAUUUGAUGAUUGGUUAGUUUCGAUCCUAAUCCACUUCAUGCUCGUGUAUGUUUUGAUCGCCGGUGUUUGUUACAGGGAAUAGUUUUGCUGUUUAAACUUUUGAAGUUCUUUUAGAGAUUUUAAGCGGAUCAGAUGAGUAAAUAACAGUACAGAUUACAUGGUAGGAUACCAAGAUUUUCUUUCUAUUGCUAUUUUUUUUUUUCGAUUGAAGCGAACCGGUUCAAGUAGUUUCACUCGUUUAGGAAAAGUAGAAAAAAAAAAA